AUGCCAAAAACGGUCAACAUGAGAGUGCUGACAAUGGAUGCAGACCUGGAGUUUGCAGUCCAACCAAGUACCACUGGUAAGCAACUGUUUGACCAGGUAGUAAAGACCAUAGGUCUGAGAGAGAUUUGGUUUUUUGGUCUGCAGUUCACCGAUACCAAAGGUUAUACAGCCUGGAUGAAGUUGAACAAAAAAGUUUUAAGUCAGGACGUUAAGAAGGAGACUCCUCUUCAGUUUAAAUUCAGAGCCAAAUUCUAUCCGGAGGACGUAUCGGAGGAGUUGAUCCAGGAAGUAACUCAGAGGAUGUUCUUCUUGCAGGUGAAGGAGGCUAUCCUGAACGAUGAAAUCUACUGUCCCCCGGAAACGGCUGUGCUCCUGGCCUCGUUUGCAGUCCAGGCCAAAUAUGGAGAUUGCACCCAGGAGCAUAAGAAGGAUCCGGAUUUUCUGGCGAAUGAUAGGCUGCUUCCUCAGAGAGUAUUCGACCAGCACAGUCUGACGAAACCACAGUGGAUUGAAAAGGUUGUCGGCUGGUACUCCGAGCAUGUUGGCACUAUGAGGGAUGAUGCAAUGGUUGAAUACUUGAAGAUAGCUCAAGACCUCGAGAUGUACGGCGUCAACUACUUCGACAUCAAAAAUAAGAAGGGCACUAAUCUAUGGCUGGGUGUCGACGCACUGGGGCUCAAUAUCUACGAAAAAGAAGAUAAGUUGACGCCAAAAAUUGGAUUUCCUUGGAGUGAGAUAAGAAAUAUUUCAUUCAGUGAUAAGAAGUUUAUUAUAAAACCCAUUGAUAAGAAGGCUCCCGAUUUUAUCUUCUUUGCUGAGCGUUUGAGAAUCAACAAAAGAAUCCUGGCGCUAUGCAUGGGCAAUCAUGAGCUGUACAUGCGUAGGAGGAAGCCCGACUCCAUUGAAGUGCAACAGAUGAAGAACCAAGCUAUGGAAGAAAAAGAGGCCAAGAAACAAGAGAGAGCUCUCUUGGAGAAAGAAAGGAAGGGAAAGGAGUAUGCAGAGAAGCAGAAGCAUGAUCUCGAGUUGAGACUUCAAGCAUUUGAAUCCGAGUUCGAAAAAGCAAAAAGAGAGUUGGAAAAGUCGCAAGAAAUGGCAAAUGAAUUAGAAGAUCGAAUGAGGCAAGCAGAAGAGGAAAGGAAGGAACUUGAGGCAGCUAGGUUGAGAGCAGAAGAAGCCAGGAGAGCUGCUGAGGCGGCUGCUCAUCUCGAGAAAGAGGAACGAGAAAAAAAAGAACAAGAAGCUGCACGUGCUCAGGCGGAAAUGGAGGAGAGGAUGAGGGAGGCAAAGGAAAAAGAAGAAGAAGCUCGAAGGUUGCAAGAGGAACUGAGACGAACUCAGGAGGAGAUGGAAGAGAAACAAAGAGCCCUGCACGAAGCUAUCAAUACUCCUAAAGUGCUUCACGUAUCUGAACAUGAUGACGACGAUGAUUCUGACAGAGGAAUCAAAUCCAGAUUUGGAAAUCGUGACCUGGAAGUGUUUGAAGGCCAGAAUGUACCUCGUCCAGAAGAGAGCAGAAUCACUGAAACUGAGAAAAAUCAGCCACUGAGCUCGCAGUUGAAGCAGCUGAAGGGAGAGUUGGCAGCUGCAAAAAUGACGACCACCCAAAUUGACAUCCUCCAUGAACAGAAUCAGUCGCAGGGUCGAGACAAGUACAAGACGCUGAAGCAGAUCAGACAGGGUAACACCAAGCAACGCGUUGAUAUGUUCGAAGCCAUGUAG